UAAGGCUCCGUGAAGUGACGGAGGCCUGUUUUUGUCUCUUCCUGUUUCUCUGUGUGGUGUGUCAAACAGCUGGUCCGGGAUGUAUGGCGGCACAGCACGGAAGAAGAGUCGGUCGAACACCGAGAAGAAAGCCGUGGCGGAGUUGCUGGUUUUCGGCUAUGCCUGCAAAAUCUUCCGCGACGAUGAGAAGGCCGCGUACCACGAGCAGGGGAGACACCUCAUCCCGUGGAUGGGAGAUUCCCAAAUCAUGAUCGAUAGGUAUGAUGGACGUGGUCAUCUGCAUGACCUGUCUGAAUAUGACGCUGAGCACAAUUCAUGGAACCGAAAUUACAAUUUGUCAGAAGAGGAGGCUCGAAUAGAGGCUCUAUGUGACGAAGAGAGGUAUUUAGCGUUGCAUACGGACUUGCUUGAAGAGGAAGCAAGGCAAGAGGAAGAAUAUAAGAGGUUGAGUGAAGCGUUGGCUGAAGAUGGAACUUAUAACUCAGUGGGCUUUCAAUAUAAAAGUGAUUAUUAUGAUCCUUCGCAGCCCACAGAAGAGGAGGAGCCACAAAGGGACAAAGAUGACAGAGAAUCAAGUGAUACAGAAGAUAACGAGGAACCAUUUAUUGCACCGGAUGGACUUAAUGUUCCUCCUGAUGCAGAACUGCCACCAACAGCAAAAAUGCAUGCUAUUAUAGAGCGUACAGCAAAUUUUGUCAGCAAGCAGGGUGCUCAGUUUGAGAUCAUGCUAAAAGCUAAACAGGCGCGGAACUCCCAGUUUGACUUUCUGCGAUUUGAUCAUUACCUCAACCCUUACUACAAGCACAUAUUGAAGGCAAUGAAGGAGGGACGCUACACCUUGCUGUCAGAGAAACAAAAUGAGAAGAAAAAGUCCUUUGUUAAUGCUGCGGAUUAUGAAGAAGACGACGAUGAUGAGGAUGAUGAAGGAAGUGAUUACCUACACCCAAGUCUUUUUGCUUCCAAAAGGUGUAGCAGGCUUGAGGAGCUCACAAAGCCCUUAAAAGUAAUGGAUCCAGAUCACCCUCUGGCAGCUCUUGUUCUGAAAGCCCGGAGUGAGAACAUGGCCGCUGAUGCUUCAAGCAGCGUCCCCGCUCAAGCUGCUGAAACGGAGAGCACUACAGACUCAACUGCGACAAAUGCCUUUUACAAUUACUACAUGCUGCCAGAUGGGACAUAUUGUCUUGCACCGCCACCUCCAGGAGUGGAAGUUAGCAAUAGCUAUGGGACUUCACAAGCAACAGCUGUAGCUUCAGAGUCCGGCACAUCUCCACCUUCAUCUUUAAUUAAUAGUGAUGCUAACAGUAAAGCACUACCAGGCACUUCAUUAAGCACAGUCGCACCAAUGGUUGCCAUCAUCCCUCCACCUCCGGAUAUCCAGCCCGUUAUUGACAAGUUAGCCGAGUAUGUUGCUCGCAAUGGAGUUAAGUUUGAGACCAGCGUCCGCUCAAAGAAUGAUACAAGGUUCGAGUUUCUGCAGCCAUGGCAUCAGUAUAAUCCAUAUUAUGAAUUUAAGAAACACUUUUACAUGCAAAAAGAAGGAAUCCUCAAUUUACAGCCUGCUGCGACAUCACAAGCUGGUAAUUCUGCAGAUGCCCCAAGUGAAUCUCUAUUGCUUGCUGAUACUGAUACACAAAAAGGAAAUUCAGAUGCAAAAGGUGAUACGUCUGGGAACAAAGCACUCAAUGAUGGUAAAAUGAAAGCCUCCUUUGCGCCAAUAAGUUUUGCAAUCAAGGUGAAAGAAACAGACCUUCUACCCUUGGAGAAAAACAGAGUUAAAUUAGAUGACGAUAGUGAGGAGGAAGUGGAGGGGGCUUGCAAGGAAGGACCGCAAAACAAGUCCAGCGGCUCUUCUAACAGCCAGUCCCUCCACACAGCUGCUACCGUAGCUGAAGAUAGAAAACCUCAAUUAACUCCAGAGGAGCUUGAAGCCAAACAAGCAAAGCAAAAGCUAGAAGAUAGGCUAGCUGCGGCAGCCAGGGAGAAGCUGGCACAAGCCGCCAAAGAAUCAAAAGAAAAGCAACUGCAGGCAGAACGCAAAAGGAAAGCGGCGCUCUUCCUGCAGACAUUGAAGAACCCGUUGGACAUAGAACUAGGAAGAACAGAGGAGAAUGCCCUCAGCCCAGAGGUUGUGAGCAGUAUGGAAUGUGACCUACCAGAAGACACCAUCAUCCCAAUGACAGAGUAUCCUGUCGUUCAAAGGUCCCCAAUCAGACACUAUCCAAGAGAAGAAAGAGAGAAAAAGAAGAAGAAACGUAAAAAGCGAUCCAGGUCAAGGUCACGUUCGCCUAAAUAUGAUUCCAAGUCAAAGUCGCGAUCCCAUACGAAGGUGAAACAUUCUCUUCCUACUGCUUAUAGAACAGUCAGGCGUUCCAGAUCAAGGUCACCCAAAAAGCCAUCUCAUGCUUCUGAGAGGAGGCGAGAAGAAGAGCGAGAAUAUUCAGGCGGCUACCAUGUUGGGUACAGUCCUGGAAACGGCCGGAAGCGGGCACGGUCACGCAGCCCUCAUGAAAAUAGGAAAAAGAGACACUCCAGGUCGCAGACAAAAUCAAAACCCAGGUCUCGUUCCAGCUCACCAGCCAAACAGGGUGCAAACGGGAGCUCUGUGCAUUCGUCAAGUACCUCUCCAGUGGAGAGCAGAGGCUCCAGCCAAGAACGCUACAGGGGAAGCUCUCAGGGCAAAGAUGGCCAUAUUGCAUCAGAAAUUGUCUCUUCGGUACAGACUAAGAUAACUCAGGAUCUCAUGACUAAAGUUAGAGCAAUGCUUGCGGCCUCAAAAGAUACGCGUAGCAGUGCAUCUUGAUGCUUGUAUACAACACUCAUCAACUGCCAGUAUCAAUGGUUAAACUGGGAAUGAAGUCCGAACAACUGUCCUUUUUUUAUUUUAUAUAAAUAUUUUUUUAUAAAGUUGUUGCAGUAAUUCCAUUUGAUUUCCCUGGGGAAGUCAAAUCUGCCAUUGGUCAAUUUUUGAUUGACAUUUUUUCCAGUUCCUGUAUACAGUGACCGGCAGCUGCCCCUGUAUAUAUGUGUAUAUAUUUCUGUACCACAGUCCUACAAAAUAAAAUUUGGUGGAGAAAAUCUGAAA